ACGAUUGACAAGGUUUUGUGAAUGGAUGGAUGGAUGGAUGGAUAGAAUGGUUACAGAAAAAAGUGACGAAAGCGGACCUCGAAGUGCACAAAAAAAUGGUAAGAUACAGAGGGAUAAGGAUCCCAAUUUCUUCAGAAAAUAAUAAUAUUACGUAAUAACAUACGUGUCUUCCUGGCGUUCUCCGUUUUACGAAAUCAAAUAAAGGGAAUCAAUUUUCACCUUCCCGUGUCUACGAGAAUACAUUUCUGAGUUAAUUGGUUCUUCAACAUCCCCACGAAGAUGCAGCCAAGUGCAGAAGCUAUCCAACGUAUUGCAAGGAUCUCUGCUCAUCUCCUCCCCUCAAAUUUUCAGAUGGAAGAGAGUUCCAUAUUGGUUAGCGCAAAUUGCCGAGCAAAAGGUGGUGCGCCUGGAUUCAAAGUAGCAAUCUUGGGUGCUGCCGGAGGUAUCGGCCAGCCGCUUGCGAUGCUGAUGAAGAUGAACCCACUGGUUGCAGUUUUGCACCUUUACGAUGUCGUCAAUGCUCCUGGUGUCACAGCAGAUAUCAGUCACAUGGACACUGGCGCUGUGGUGCGUGGUUUUCUGGGGCAGCAGCAACUGGAGAAUGCACUUACAGGGAUGGAUCUUGUAAUAAUUCCAGCCGGUGUUCCUAGGAAGCCAGGAAUGACUAGGGAUGACCUUUUCAACAUCAAUGCUGGAAUCGUUAAGACCCUCUGUGAAGGGAUCACUAAGUGUUGUCCUCAUGCUAUUGUCAACGUGAUCAGUAAUCCUGUCAACUCUACAGUUCCAAUUGCGGCAGAGGUGUUUAAGAAAGCUGGUACCUAUGAUCCAAAGCGACUUCUGGGAGUCACAAUGCUUGAUGUUGUGAGAGCCAAUACUUUUGUGGCAGAAGUUCUGGGAAUUGAUCCUAGGGAUGUUGAUGUUCCAGUUGUUGGGGGCCAUGCUGGAGUUACAAUUUUGCCCCUUCUUUCACAGAUUAAGCCUCCAUGCUCUUUCACCCAAGAGGAAAUUAACUACUUAACAAACCGGAUUCAGAAUGGUGGGACAGAAGUUGUCGAGGCAAAAGCUGGGGCUGGUUCUGCAACAUUGUCAAUGGCAUAUGCUGCUGCUAAAUUUGGAGAUGCAUGCCUACGUGGCUUGAGAGGAGAUGCUGGCAUUGUGGAAUGCUCUUUCGUGGCUUCUCAGGUGACGGAACUCCCUUUCUUUGCAUCCAAGGUACGACUUGGUCGUACUGGAGCUGAGGAGAUCUUCCCUCUCGGGCCCCUAAAUGAAUAUGAGAGGACUGGUCUGGAGAAGGCGAAGAAAGAGUUGGCAGCGAGCAUUGAGAAGGGGGUUUCUUUUGUUAGGAAAUAGGUCCACACCAAAUAAUACAGUUGUCUCAGAGAUGCUCUCACCUCUGAUAGGAUAGACAUGUAAGUUCUGUUAGUUUUCAAUUGCCUUUUAUGAACCCCCAAUUCAUUAUAAGCUUCCUCUUAAUACCCCCCACCCCAAAUAAUAAUAAAAAAGCUCUCCUAUUCCUCAAUUGAGAUGGAUGUUGUAUCAUUUUUCAUAUGGAAAUGUUUCAUGGAACAACUGUUUUACA